AUGAGCAGAUCAGAAUCAAAUCACAAAAAGAUUAGAAUAAGUGGAUCAGAAUCAAAUCAAAAUGCUGAUACAUCAUCCAAAUCAACGGCAACAUCAAAUAUAUGUCAACCACGACAACGUAUGACAGAAAAAUACCUUCUCCUAUGGGUGGAUGCCAGCAUUGAUCAAACAAACGAAGAUUAUGAAAAUAUAUUAAAACAAAUACGAACUAUUACUGGUGAUGUCAAUGUCUUUAAUCAACGAGAUACAUGCGUCGACUUUCUUACAGAUGCUCAAGAAGACAUCAAAUCUUUUCUCGUUGUUAAGGAUGCUAUGUUUCGACAAAUAAUGCCCCUCAUCGAUGACAUUCCUCAGCUGGAUGGUGUCUAUAUCUUCAAUAAUAUUGAAACCUUACAUGAAGAAUGGACAAAAGAAUGGCAAAAAGUCAAGAGCGUUCAUACCAACAUCGGCGAUCUAUGCCAAGCAUUACGAAUCGGUAUCAAGCAGUUCAAUCAAGAUUCAAUACCUAUGAGUUUUAUUACAGCAAAUGAAAUGGUUUCAACUGAUAAUUUAAAUCAGUUGGAGCCUACUUUUAUGUAUACCCAAAUAUUCAAGGAAAUCCUUCUUGAUAUGCAACAUGAUGAACAAGCGAUAAAACAGUUUAUUGCUUAUUGUCGAAAAAAUAGCAGCUUGUCACCAAUCAAUAUUGACCGUUUUGAGAAAGAAUACCAUGCCCAAUCCGCUAUUUGGUGGUAUACUUUCCCAUCCAAUAUCUAUUCUAUGCUUAAUUAUGCUCUUCGAAUACUGGACGCUGAUAUAAUUAUUACUAUGGGUUUUUUUAUAUGUCAUCUACAUCGACAAAUUCAGCAGCUGUAUGAACAACAAGCUAAUAGUUAUGCAAGAAACCCUUUAAUAGUUUAUCGAGGACAAGGUCUUAUGAAAUCAGAUUUCGAAAAACUUCUGAAAGCAAAAGGUGGACUUAUGUCAUUCAACAAUUUCUUGUCUACCAGUAAAGAUAAAGACGUGUCCCUCAAAUUUGCUGAAUGUGCUUCAGCAAAACCGGAUACGAUAGGUAUUCUCUUUAUAAUGUCCAUUGAUCUUUGUUUAAAAUCAAUACCUUUUGCCUACAUAAAAGAGGAGAGUUAUUUUGAUGCAGAAGGUGAAAUUCUCUUCUCAAUGCACACCGUUUUUCGAGUGGGUGCAAUUCAACCAAUGGAAAAUAAGAAUCAACUAUAUCAAGUGGAAUUACAAUCAACAUCAGAUGAUGACCAACAACUACGAAUACUUAGUGAUCGAAUACGAAACGAAGCUGGUGGUACUGGAAGGCAAAGAAUAGGUGGCUUAUUGCUUAACCUCGGUCAAUUCAAUAAAGCUGAAGAACUUUAUAACGUACUACUAGAACAGACAUCUGAUGAGGGUGAAAAGGGGUUUUAUUAUAAUCAGCUUGGGAUUGUUCAUUCGAAGCAGGGUGCCAAUGAAAAGGCUAUUUGGUAUUACCGGCAAAGACUCGAAAUUCAAGAAAAAACUCUUUCUUCAAACCAUCCUGAUUUGGCUACUUCACACAGCAACAUCGGUUUGGUGUAUCAUCAGAUGGGAGAGUACUCAAAAGCACUUUCAUUUUACGAAAAAGCACUUGA